AUGAAUAACAAUUAUAAUCUAGCAGAAUCCUCUUAUAUUAAUUUGGAAGAAUUACUAUACAUUAUUAAGGGAAAUACUUUAGAUGAUUGGGAUAAUCAAAAGACAUCUUACUUAAAAAAAUAUGAAAAAAGCUUAAUAAUGGAUAGAUCAGGAAUCGGCGUAUUUUAUUUAAAAAUUAAAGAAUAAAAUGAAAGAGAUGUUGUCAAUGUUUAUAUGAAUGAUUAAGAAAAAAAAUAAUUAGAGAGUACUGUAUAUUAUAUAUAUAUAAAGAAGAAAGAGAGGCUAUUUAGAUGAUUAAUAUAAAUUAGUUGUAUAUAAAAUAAAGAUUAAAUUAUAAUUGCAAUUAAAUUUAGAGACAAUAGUUUUUUAUUGCUAAACAAGUCUGA